AAUUAUCAUUUGACUGACGGAUGGAUGUCAUGACUGUGAUCUCCCAAAGCAUCAGAUCACUUAUUGAGUUAACUGUAUCGAAGAUUGUGACUUAUUGUUUACUGUAAAUAUAAUAUGCAUUGGGUGUAUUUUCUUCCAAGGUUUAGAGAUAGAAUUUUGACUGACACUUGACAUGACACUAAUAAUUGGGAUUCAAAACUUUCCUUUAAGCCUGUGCACUGACACAUUGUAUCUUCUGUGUUUUGACAGCCCUAACACCCAUGGAUGUCAACAUGGACCCAAUGGAAAACGACGUUGCUGAUGAUGAUAAUUCAGAAGGGCAGCAGAGCCAAUCAGAAGGGGCAGACUCAAGUGUGAGGCCGUCCCUUUCUGAAGUGAAAAAGUCCUGGCGCUUCAGGAGGACAACCAUUGCUAAACGGGAAUUCUUAGAUGAAGUUGGAGACCUAAGCCACAAUCCUCCACCUGUCCGCAGAACCAGGGGGCGCAGAUCCAACCAGACAUCUCAGGCUCCGCAAGAAAGCCACACCACCCAGAGAGCUUCUCGUGCGACCACUAGUGUCAUAGAUGAUCUCGAGUGGUCUGCACCAUCCUCACCUGCGUCGGAGGAGAGCAAACCAGCCUCAGAAACUUCUGCAGGAGGGAGCCUCGACCCCAGUUUAUGGCAAGAUUUUGGGUCUGCCUUCCACACUGCCUUCUCAUUGCUUGGUGGGGGUGAGGAUUUGUCAAUGGAUAUGCCCGAAGCAAUGGCAAUCCCUAAAACUUUGGAAGCUAAUGAUGUCAUUGAGAGCCCUCCUCCACAGGUUACAGAACAAACUGAGGUGGCUGAUGACGUAGAGUCUUCUGAUGAGAUGGAGAUUUCGCAGCCUGUAGCUCAUGACAACACGGCAGGAAAGGAAACUGAUGAUGUGGUCUUGAUCUCUAGUCAAGAAGAGGACAGCGAUGAAAUGACUCUUGUACAGAUCAAGGAGCAAAUGGCAGCUAAAGGCAGGCAGGGCAACAUGAGAGCUAGAGGGGGGAAAGGUGGAAGAGGAAAGGCCAGAGGGAGAGGCAGAGGAAGAGGAAGGGGAAGAGGUAGAGGAAGAGGCAGAGGGAGGGGUAGGGGAGUGGAGAUUCUGUCGAGCAUUGCCGACGAUGAGGAUGACGAUGUUGAUGUUGUGCUUGUUAAUCCAGCGGAACAGCAGCUGCAAGAGGAGGAAAAAGCAAACGAUUCGCAUAGUCCGUCUGGAAUAGUGAUCUCACCUUUUCACUCUGAUAUCAGUCUGAGUCCUGCUCAGCGAUCAAGCUCAGACUGUAUAAUCAUAGACACAGAUUUAGACCAUGUUACUGACGUGACUCCUGGCCAGUAUGAUGAUGCACCAGUGGAGGAGGAAGAGAAAAAGAAAGUUCAUCAGAAUGUAGAAGAGUAUUCAGACAUAUCGGUCCCUGGUGGUCCUGACUCAAAUAGUCUGUGCUGCAUCUGUCGACAAAAACAGGACAAAAGAUUCAUGAUCUACUGUGACAGUUGCCAGGACUGGUUCCAUGGUGACUGCGUCAGUGUCAGUGCGACUCAGGGCCGUAAGAUGGAGAAGAAAGGGCAAGAGUUCAUCUGCCCCCGUUGCACUACACAGAGGCAGAGCCAACUCCAACCUGAACCUCAACUCCACACUCAGCCGGCGCCUGAGAUGAGCUUUCCUGUAUGCUUGACAACUCCUGGUGAAGAAGGAAAGGGGAAGGAGGAGCUGCAUGCCCUCAAGGAGGCUGUAGUGUUGGAGGAGGAGAAAGAGGAGGCGGUUCAUGUGAUGAAGUUGGAGCCUGAACCGGAGGCUGAGAUGGAGACAGAGAGCUCUUUUCCUUUGUGUAUUGGACCUGGAUGCUCCAAACAUGCCCUGCAGGACUCUGUUUACUGUGGCACAGACUGCAUCCUUCAGCACGCUGCCUUCACUAUGAAGUCUCUUUCUGGCCCUAAGGUGCCUAAAUCUAAAGGGCGGGGAAGGGGAAAAGCUGCCGCUGCCAGACCCACAGCCAAGGGUCAGAGGUCUGGUAGGAUGUCAAAGAGGUUAGCAGAAAAGGCUGAGGAGAAAAACGAAGAGGAGGUGAAAGAAGAAGAAGAGGAUGGAGGGCAGAAAGAGGCUGCAUCUCCCUUAGUCUGCGACCCCUCAGAAGUGCAGGCCUCCCCCAUACCAUCAUCUAAGUUUUACACAGCGUCUAAAGAAGAAAGUAAACCGGUGGAGGCUGACAGCAAGGCUGAAACUCUUUCAACACAAUCUCCAGAGAACAUCUCCACAGAUGCCCCUCCAACCUCUGAGCCUGCUACUCAGCAAGCCCCACCACAGAACCAAUCUCAAGAGAAAACGCAGGAGCAGCAAAAGGACUCAAUGAACAGUGGGAUGUCUAAGCAGAAAUCUGUAGAAUCCAUUCCCUGUAAACUUACCAACCCAGUAGAAUCAGUUCUGUGUAAACCAACCAGCCAAGCAAAAACUAAUCUGUCAAGAGCCACACAAUCUCCAUCAACCUCAGCUCCCAGACAUCAUGGAACAGGGGCCCUUAUGGUCAGUAAGACCACAUAUGUCAUACCAAAGAAGCAGUCUGGACCCCAGCCUCAAUCUAGUCAAGGGUGCCCUUCAGUCCCUGGCCAAAAGCCUUCAUCAGCCCCCUCCCUGCUGAACGAAACCAGAAAUUUGCUGGUGCCACCUGCACCAAGUGCUCCCUCCUCCAGACCCCCUCAGCCCAACAACCAGGUCAGACAGAGCAUCCAGCGCUCCCUCACCAGCAUCCUGCUCAAAAGGGUAUGUGACUGUGAGGAUUUGGAGAUGUCUGAAAGUGAAGUGGCAAAGCUUGUCGCAAGCAUUGAGAUGGAGAUGUUUGACAUAUUUCGCAACACAGACAGCAAAUACAUGAACAAGUACAGAACCAUAAUGUUCAACCUGAAAGACCCAAAAAACAAGGGCUUGUUGUUUCAUGUUGUACAUGGCGAGAUCACUCCCUUCAGACUGGUCAGGAUGAGCCAGAAGGAUAUGCAGGCUGUCAAAGCAUCAGAGCCAAGUCAAAAAGCAGCAACAGAGGUGAACGAUGCAGCUGCGAAAGCAGCGAGUUUACUGCAGAAGCCUGAGGCAGUAAAGGUUGAUUUGCCUAGUCUGAAUCCCGCCAGACCAAUUAAAAGCAGGGUUGCCACCCAGGACCAAAAGAAAAGUCUUCCUGCUCCUUCUUUCAAGGCCAGAGUAAGCCAGCCAAGCCAGGGCAGCGCAGCACCAGAUGUUCUUGCCUGUAUGCUUAAGGACACAACAUCAGAACACAAAGCUCACCUCUUUGACUUGAAAUGCAAGAUAUGUACUGGCCAAAUACUAGCUGGAGAAGAUGCAGAACCUGCGAAGAAAAAACCCAAGGUUACUGAAACAAGAGAUAAAUAUGAUAACCCUCGGAGACAGUCUGCAGGAGAUGACUCCCCGCUGAUGGCUCCACCUGACUCACCUGACAUGGAUUCUCCAACAUCAUCCCUAAUUGAUCCUUCCUCCCGCCUUAUCAUUGACACUACAGCACUGACUAUAGUAGAGUCUCCUGCCUCCCCCAUAAUGGAUUCUCCGGCUUCCCCAACUUUAGAGUCACCAGCUUCCCCUGUCAUGGACUCUCCUGCAUCCCCAACUCCAGAAACUUCUAAAGCUUCCAUACCAAAGAGGGCAUAUACACCAGUUGUGAUUCCAGCUGUCUCCACAGUAACCAUAACGAGAAGGGACCCCCGCACUGCUGCAGGCAGAUUCAAUCCCUCAUCUAGUCCCAUUAACACAACCCCAAACCAAUCAGCUCCUUAUGCUCCUUUUAAAGAGAUACAAUCUACAUUGCCCUCAGCACCAGCCUCUUCAACACCACCAAAGAAGAAAUUACCUAAAUCUAUCUUGAUGAAACCAACUUCCUCAGCAGAUCCGAGACUCUAUGGCACAUCUUCAAGGAUGAUGACAUCUGAAUCUCCAGCUGAUGGUGAGACUGCUAAGUUUUUGGCUAAGGAAGACAUAGUGUGGAAAGGAUUCCUAAACAUGCUCACUGUAGCAAAGUUUGUCACCAAGGCAUAUCUGGUUUCAGGACCUGCUGAAAACCUAAAAGCGGAUCUACCGGACACCAUUCAAAUCGGAGGACGAAUCCUGCCUGAAACUGUGUGGGACUAUGUUGCAAAACUUAAGACCUCUGUUACAAAGGCAAGCACCGAGCGAGAGAUAGACACAGAAGAAGUGAAAGGGAGAGGUCAGGUCAUAGAGCUAGAGACCAGUCUGAACGCCAGGGUCACCAUCGUAGAGAGCGGACCGCUUCUCGACAUUCUCGUGGACAUAGGAGAUCCCCAUCUUCUCAGAGAAAAAAAGAUUCUGAGUCCCCUUUAG